CUCGUCCGGAGGCCUCACCGUCGAUCUGCACGAGCUUGUUUUCCGAGUUGGGGUUUCAUUCUGGGAGGGGUUCAGCGCGUUAGGCUGCUCAUCGCCAACGGAAAACAAAACCCACUUCAACUGGGUCUAACACGUCACCGUCUGGCUAUUGCCAUUGCCAUUGCCAUUGUCCCUCUACCAUCCGCAACUAUUAAAGGGAAAUCCCGACCGGCUCUGUGCGAGAUAAAGAAAAGGGAGUCAGGUCACCUGGCGGGGUCAUCAUUUUCUUCAUUGCUUUCAACCGUCGGGCUUGGCUUGAUUGUGGACUGUGGACUUGGAUGCGGGGAUACUGUUUAUCAACAUCCAGCACGUGGGCUAUUGUCAGAUACUGCAUCCUGAAAUUGUAUAGCAAUCUAUCGGAGAGACUGCAUUCUUAUCACCAUGUUCCACUCGUCGAAACCGUACUCGGCCGUGACCGUGCAGAUUGAAGUUCUUACGAGCGAACAAUAUGAGGUCGAAGACUCCAGUGGAAUCGUUGAUCUUAUAGAAGCUGUGACUAUCCAGGGCAGCGGCCCGACCGAGGCUAGUCGGGCUCUGCGCAAGAAGCUAAAAUAUGGAAAUCUCCAUCGUCAACUGAGAGCGCUUACGAUCCUCGACUUUCUGAUCCAAAAUGCCGGGGACCGUUUUCUGCGCGAGUUUGCCGACGAGCCAUUGCUAGAGCGAUUGCGAAUUGCCGCCACCGACUCGGUUUCCGACCCUCUUGUGAAGCAAAAGUGCAAACAGCUUUUCGGACAAUGGGCAGCAAGUUAUAAAAACACCCCGGGCAUGGGAGGAAUCACGGCUCUCUAUAGACAGCUACCCAAGCGCAAGCAACCGGCCAACCAGGCCAAGGCCAAGGUUUUAAGGGAUGCCAACCCUUCCGAUGAGCCUCCUUUGGGUCAUACGGUGUCGAUUUCUGCCGGAGAUGGCCCAUCUACCGUUCUCAGUGGUCCCAAACAUAAGCACUCGUCGAGCAAAUCCCUCAAGAAGGAGAAGAAAGAUAAGAAGGAGAAAAGGAUCCGGGCUCCCUUCAACCUGGAGAAAGAAAAGCCGGAAAUCUUACAGACGCUUGCCUCUUCAUCGGUUGCCAGCACGAACCUCCUGAAUUCCCUGAAGCUUGUCAACCGUGAAACGCACCGGGUGAGCGAAGAUGCCGAGGUCCUCAACCGAUUCGAAACAUGCAAGCAACUCAGACGCCAAAUCCUUCGAUACAUUCAAAAUGUGGAGAGUGAGGAAUUCCUGGGAAGUUUGAUUCACGCCAACGAGGAGCUGGUCACUGCCUUGAUGGCAUUCGAGGUCUUGGACAAGAGCGUGGACUACGAUAGCGAUAGUGACCAGGAUGUGCUUGAGACAGGAUGGACUCCUGACCGCGAUGAUGUCAACGAAUCCUUCGCGGGUCUCGUUAUCAACCUACCCAAACCUCCUCGGCCUGCGCGGCCGCUAAGCAUCAGCGUCCCGUCCUCGUCUUCUCAGCAAGCCCGACGGGCCAAUGACAGCGACAGCGACUCGGAAACUGACGAGGACGACGACGAGGACAAUCCUUUCGGAGACCGUAAUGAGAUCCGCACACCUGGUGUUGAGAAGUUCCAACCUACUUGGAAAGAGGUUUAAUUAUACGGCACCCGACAUAGGAGGACCAACCCCCGUUUCCAGCAGUUUUCGCAGAAUGGCAUUGAUUAUUAUCCCCGGUUCUAUAACCCUAUUUUCUCACGAUACAUGAUAAGCAACGAUGGUUAGGCUCCGCGGAGUGGAUUGAUUGUUCGCAUGGAUUGACUGGUUUUCAAUCCAUGAUGACAUGUACCAUUAUCUUCUCUAUUUCUUGAUUUUUAUGUUUUCUUUUUCUUUUCUUCAAGACCAAGAAUUACGAUACCAAUCUCAUUUACGUUUAAAGGCGUAGCAAAG